AUGGGUCCUAAAUUGGCUCAGUUGUUUUUCUCAGCAUUGGUGCUAUUAACUCAAUUGCUUUCUCUUGCCGAUGCUCGCAAUAUAGGUGUUUGCUAUGGUCUAAACGGAAAUAAUCUUCCAUCUCCAAAGAAUGUAAUCAAUCUUUACCAAAAAAGUCAAAUUGAAAAUAUUAGGAUCUAUCAGCCUUAUCCUGAAGUGCUUGAAGCAUUGAGGGGAUCAGGGUUAUCCGUCGCUAUUGGUCCAAGAAAUGAAGACAUAGUGAGUUUCGCAACAAGUCAAGAUGCAGCCAAUGCAUGGGUUAACACUAACAUUGUCCCUUACAAGAAUGAUGUUUCAUUUAAAUGGAUUACCAUAGGCAACGAAGUCAUUCCAGGGCCAUUGGGAUCAAAUGUUCCAGCAGCCAUGACUAAUAUAAAAAAUGCACUCGCCUCAAUCGGGCUAAACGAGGUUAAGAUCACCACUGUACUCCCUGGAACUGCCUUGGGAGCUUCCUAUCCUCCUUCAGCUGGUGCUUUUGCAAGUGACAUAACAGCGACCAUGACCAGUAUUGCUACUAUUUUGGCUCAAGAGGAUGCACCCCUUAUGAUCAAUGUGUACCCUUACUUUUCCUACUCCUUAGACCCUACUCAUAUUUCAGCUGAAUAUGCCUUGUUCACAUCCACUGCACCGGUGGUGACUGAUGGAAGCUUGACGUAUUACAACCUCUUUGAUGCCAUGGUCGAUGCUUUCAAUGCAGCCUUGGAAAAGAUCAACUUUGGCAAUGUAAAAAUUGUUGUAGCCGAGACCGGAUGGCCAACCAUAGGAAAUGCACCUUACACAAGUGUCUCAAAUGCCCAAACUUAUAACAAUAACCUUUUGAAUCAUGUGAUGAAGAAUGGGACUCCAAAAAGGCCUAACUAUAUCAUGCCGACGUUUUUCUUUGAGAUGUUCAAUGAAAACUUGAAGGAAAAUGCAGUUGAGCAGAACUUUGGAUUCUUCUUCCCCAAUAUGCAACCUGUCUAUCCGUUUUGGUGA